AUGGCUGAAACCGCUCCAGCUGCUGCCGUCCCACCGGCCAAAGCACCCAAGAAGAAAUCCGCUGCCAAAGCCAAGAAAACGGGACCAAGUGUGGGUGACCUCAUCGUCAAAGCUGUCUCGGCUUCCAAGGAGAGGAACGGCGUCUCUCUCGCCGCCCUGAAGAAAGCGCUCGCCGCCGGUGGCUACGACGUGGAAAAGAAAAACGCCCGCGUCAAGAUCGCCAUCAAGAACCUGGUGACUAAAGGCACUCUGGUCCAGACUAAAGGGACCGGCGCUUCCGGGUCUUUUAAACUGAACAAGCAGCAAGCAGAGACCAAGAAGAAACCUGCGAAGAAAGCCGCUCCUAAAGCAAAGAAGCCCGCCGCUGCCAAGAAGCCCAAGACUGCAGCGACAAAGAAGACCGCCGCUAAGAAAUCACCCAAGAAAGCGAAGAAACCAGCUGCCAGCGCCGCUAAAAAGGCAACAAAGAGCCCCAAGAAAGCAAAGAAGCCAGCGGCUCCUAAGAAAGCAGCGAAGAGCCCCAAAAAAGCAAAGGCUGCUAAACCCAAGACGACAAAGCCCAAAGCAGCUAAGCCUAAAAAGACACCAGCGAAGUCCGCACCUAAGAAGGGGUCCAAGAAGGCCGUUACUAAAACCGCCGUCAAGGGCGGUAAGAAGCGCAAGAGGUCCAGGAAGGAGAGCUAUGCUAUCUACGUCUACAAGGUCCUGAAGCAGGUUCAUCCCGACACCGGGAUUUCCUCUAAGGCCAUGGGCAUCAUGAACUCUUUCGUCAAUGAUAUUUUCGAGCGUAUCGCCGGUGAGUCCUCUCGUCUCGCUCACUACAACAAGCGCUCCACCAUCACAUCGAGAGAGAUCCAGACCGCCGUGCGUCUGCUGCUGCCUGGUGAACUCGCCAAACACGCCGUGUCUGAGGGAACAAAGGCUGUCACCAAGUACACCAGCUCCAAAUAAAGCUUCAGUCCAGCUUUUCAACACCCAAAGGCUCUUUUAAGAGCCACCCACUUCAUCAGAUAAAUGAGCAUCCAGUUUUGUUUAAAGAGUUAAAGCAAGUUCUCUUGCUUUGGUUUAAAUGUUUCUUUAUUAAGGUUACAGUUUCUGCUUAUCUCAAACAUGUAGGUAAAUGUGUAUUCUGAGUCGUAAAAUAUAUCAAAAGCAGUGACAGAAUGUCUUUUUACUGUGUUUUUGUUAGGUUAGCACAUCUAUCAGAAUUGUCACAUGUCCUGCUCUUCCUCAUACUCUUCAUCUGCCUCUCAGACUGUUUCCAAUCCACACAAUCUAAAAAAAAUCAAUAGAAAAAGUGUGUACAAUUUUGAGUUGUUGUAUUUGCUUGAUGAAAACUGUUGUACUUUUGUUCAACUUUUGCCUGUGUUUAGCAUUUGUAAACAAGUUCAUUGCCGUGUAAAAUGUGUGUUUUAGGGAGAAGUUUGUUUCGAGUUUUGCAAAAAGAGCGCAUGAUUGGACAUAUAUGGGUUUAGGGCCACUAUGAAUUUGGUUAAAAGAUUGGGGUUAAGUUUUUAAGCAAUUCAGAAAAACUGUAAAAAAAUAGAAUUUUGUUAUUAUGACCUAAGUAAAUAAGUCUAGUUUCAAGACAAAUAAUAUACAAUUUAAGUGAAAUCAACCAAAAUUAUCUUCCAAUUGGGUGAGAAAUUUUUUUUUGAAAAAAGAUUUCGUUUAUCUUAAACACUUAAUUCAAGUAAAAUUUUCUCACCCCAUUGACAGAUAAAUUUUUGCUACGGUUACUCACAUAACCCGAAAGUUACCUCAGUUUUUGGAACCAAAAGCAGAGGUUAUCCGCUUAUUUGAGUAAGUAACAUAACCUGCUUUCUGGAAUACACCCAUGGG